CUCCAUGAGGAGCAGUGGAAGAUGCCGGCUCUGCCAGCACUGCUGCUGUCAAUUUAUGUCGUCGUCCUGCUGCUGACUAUGGCACCACGCUCCUUCAGCCAGGCCAACACCCUUUCUGCUGUCCGGAUGGCGGCCCUGCUGGAUGACCAGUCAGUGUGUGGUCGCGGUGAGCGCCUGGCGCUGGCUCUGGCACGGGAGAACAUCAACAGUCAGAUGGUGGGCACCUCCAAGGCGAGGGUGGAGGUGGAUGUCUACGAGCUAGAGAAAGACUCCCAGUAUGACACCACUGACACCAUGUGUCAGAUCCUGCCAAAGGGCGUGGUUUCUGUGAUUGGCCCCGCCUCCAGUCCUGCUUCUGUGUCCACCAUCAGUCACAUCUGUGGAGAGAAAGAGAUCCCUCAUUUGAAGAUCGGGCCAGAAGAGACCCCUAAGCUGCCGUACCUUCGCUUCGCCUCUGUGACCCUGUACCCCAGUAACGAGGACCUCAGCCUGGCCAUCGGCUCCAUCCUGCGCUCGUUCGGCUACCCAACAACCAGCCUCAUCUGUGCCAAAGCCGAGUGUUUGCUCCGGUUGGAGGAGCUCGUCCGCCACUUCCUGAUCUCCAGGGACACUCUGUCCGUGCGAAUGCUGGAUGACAGUUUGGAUCCCACGCCCUUGCUGAAGGAGAUCCGUGAUGAUAAAGUGGCGACCAUCAUCAUUGAUGCCAACGCCUCAAUCUCUUACCACAUCCUGAGGAAGGCAAAGGAGCUGGGGAUGAUGUCAGCCUUCUAUAAGUACAUCCUCACCACCAUGGAUUUCCCUCUGCUCCAGCUGGGUGAUGUGGUGAAUGACCAGUCCAACAUUGUGGGGUUCUCUAUGCUGAACAGGAGCCAUCCUUUCUACCUGGAGUUCAUAAGAAGCCUGAAUCUUUCUUGGAAGGAAGGUUGCAACAUCAGUCCCUACCCAGGACCAGCGCAAAACAUCAUCAUAUUUUCUCUCUUUUUGUUUCUAUUUUUGUUUGUCUCGCUGCAGAAAGCUGACCUGGCAGUUGCUGGCUUCACUAUCACCUCUGAGAGAGAGAAGGUGAUCGAUUUCUCCAAACCGUUCAUGACUCUGGGGAUCAGCAUCCUGUACCGAGUCCAUCUGGCUCGAAAACCAGGUUACUUCUCCUUUCUUGACCCGUUCUCUCCGGCUGUGUGGCUGUUCAUGCUGCUAGCUUACCUCGCCGUCAGCUGCGUUCUUUUCCUCGCCGCCAGACUAAGUCCCUAUGAGUGGUAUAACCCUCACCCAUGUUUACGGGAGCGGCGGGACAUCCUGGAGAACCAGUACACAUUGGGAAACAGUCUGUGGUUCCCAGUCGGGGGCUUCAUGCAGCAAGGGUCAGAGAUCAUGCCUCGGGCGCUGUCCACCCGCUGCGUCAGCGGAGUCUGGUGGGCCUUCACGCUCAUCAUCAUCUCGUCCUACACAGCCAACCUGGCGGCGUUUCUAACUGUCCAGAGAAUGGAGGUGCCCAUCGAGUCCGCUGACGAUCUGGCUGACCAGACCAACAUCCAGUACGGCACCAUUCAUGGAGGAUCCACCAUGACCUUCUUCAUGAACUCCCGGUAUCAGACGUACCAGCGGAUGUGGAACUACAUGAAGUCCAAGCAGCCCAGUGUGUUUGUAAAGAGCACAGAAGAAGGCAUUGCUCGCGUCCUUAACUCCAAGUAUGCUUUCCUGAUGGAGAGCACCAUGAAUGAGUAUUACCGCAGCCUCAACUGCAACCUCACACAGAUCGGAGGACUGCUCGACACAAAGGGAUAUGGCAUUGGCAUGCCUCUGGGUUCUCCAUAUAGAGAUGAAAUCACGCUGGGGAUCUUACAGAUGCAGGAGAGCAACAGAUUGGAGAUCCUGAAGAGACGAUGGUGGGAGGGAGGACAGUGUCCCAAAGAGGAGGACCACCGAGCCAAAGGUCUUGGCAUGGAGAAUAUCGGCGGGAUCUUUGUAGUCCUAAUAUGUGGCCUCAUUGUAGCUGUGUUUGUGGCCAUUAUGGAGUUUGUUUGGUCAACACGCCGCACCGCUGAGACGGGCGAGGUCUCUGUUUGUCAGGAGAUGCUGACAGAGUUCAGAAAUGCUGUCUCUUGUAAGAAAAAUUCCCGCUCCCGUCGCCGUCGACCCCUAACCAGCAGCGGGAGUGGAGUCCUACGUCACCCGUCCCGCCUGGCUCUGGCUGGCCCUCGACCCAUUCGUCUGGUUCGAGAGAUGCGACUCAGCAAUGGGAAACUUUACAGUGGUGCUGGCCCACUGACAGGAGGCCUGGCAGGACUUGCGGGAGGUAUGGGAGGAGUACCUGAUUUGGGCCCAGGGCCACAGAGGCUCCUUGAGGACUCAUUUGGUGCAAAUGUCACCAGCAGCACUCCUCCUCCGCUUUCUCUAGCAUCAGCUUUAGAUGCUCCACCAGCUCCACCCCGCAGCUUCCUGCAGAGCUGCAGCCACAUCCGCAUCUGCCAGGAGUGUCGACGAAUCCAAAGCCUGAGACCAGUCACGCUCACACCUCCCCCACCUCCUCCCCCGUCCUCAUCCUCCUCGGCCUCCUCCUGCUCUCGUAUACCGCCAUCGUUGGUGACGCCAGGUCACCAUCAUCGCCACAAUCUCCAUCACCACCAUCUUCACUACCACCAUGGCUCCAUGUCAUUGCCUCGCCUACCCCCACCUCCUCCCCCAAUCCCAACAGACAGAGCUGACAGUGAUGGGGGGACAGCAAGCCCACUGCAGACCAAAAACAAACCAGCAGCUCCGCCCAGGCCACUGCCUCCUGCCAAAACUCCAACACACCCACUGACGGACUUACUCGGGGGGCAUGACUGAGCAUAAAGACAUAAAAAGUGGGCUCACAGAUCACAAGCUAUUAGAACUUUUCAUUUGGCCCAGACAGCUCUGCUGUAUAUGUCCAAAUUGGCCAGAAUCUGCA